AUGGUUUUGCACAAGCUACUCCAAAGACUAGCACCACCAAUCAGAUUCAUAAAGCUUAUGGAAGCUCUGACCGUUUUCCUUCUGCUCAUACAUGGUUAUAUUGUCUCCAGAGGCAGAUCCUCCUGUUGUCAAGUUGAUGGAUUACAACAAAGUAUGAGCAACAAAAGAAGAAAUGAGAUCAGCAGAAGAAAAGUUCUGGUGAAACUAAUAGUGAACUUGACGGGACGUGAAAACGAGUUCAAAAAUAAUGCGAUUGAUCUUAUUAGACGUUUCUGUGAUGAUGUAGGGGAGAUUGAGGAGAUCAAGAAUUUUAGGGACAGGAACAUGACAUUGGUGUUGGUUCCAAACAAAGUUGUUCUACAACAAAAAGAAACACCAAAGAAGAAAGAAAAGUCAACUGGGACUGAAGUAUCUGUAACUGCUUCUGUAUCACCAUGA